AUGACACUCAAGGGUAUACAGCACACGCUACUACAAAAUAUACUCGAAGACUUUGAUAAUAUUCUUGAACUCACAUUGACAACAAUCCGUAAUUCACUUAAUUCCUUCAAAUCCUCUCCACUGCAGCUACAGCAAUUUGACAUCUUGGAAAAUCCAAAUGCUAACUAUAAGGGCGAGACAUGA